AUGGAAAACCCCCAGGUCAAAUCUGAUAGCAACGGGUCCGAUGAAGUUGUGCUGCAUCGCAAACGCGAUUCCCUAGAUGGCUUUCAAAACCGUCGUCCGAGCAAAGGCACACAUGCCUAUUUCAAUACAAGAAACGAAGCUCCAUCCAGAUCGAUGCAACGGGGACCCAGACGCAAUACCAAUGAUACUCAACGUGAGCCUGCUGAGAUUGGCAAUGGCGUCGGCCCUGGCGGCAGUGGCAUGCAGGACAAGACACCUUCUAUCACACAGAAGGGCGCACGCAAGGGCCCGCCGCAAGAGGCACUGGACGAGCUAAAGCGCCUUCAGGAGGAGAUUGUUCUCAAAGCUCAUCUGAAUCGCCACAAAAACUUCGAUGAUUCCACGGCGAACCCUGAGAGUCUGGUGAAGUGUAGGGAUGGACCGGGAACGGAUCCAAACUCAGACUUCUACAAUGGAAUCACUCAAUGCAGGCUCUCGACCAGGCCUCAUGGGGAAAGUGCACGUUCCACUCGAACAUACAGAUUCGACUCCUUUCGGGGAGAGGCGGAGAGAUUUGCAGCUCAGUGGGAGUUCUAUGCAAACAGUCCAUCUGCAUAUCCAACUAUCGUUGACGGGAAGGUAUCCCUCGCGUCGCGCCCCGGGCCCGACCAGGAUCAUCUUCAUACGCAGAAAAAGGGCUUGCUGUACCCUAAUCUUAAGUUCGACCAAAAGCCUGUCGGUCAUAUGCCAGUUGAAGUUCCUGAGAACCAGUGGGCCGAUCUCUUCUUUGUCGACUGGGAGUUUCGUCCCCGUGCUUGCUCUAGCUUCGAGGGCUUUCGGGACUGGUUCCGCCGCUGGUUCGGAAUGCUUUCAGAGAUUGACUACUACAUUGAUGUCUAUCACGAAGCAUUUUUCGACGGCACGGCGCAUAUGGACGGGGCUCAAUCUUGCUUCAUUCCUGACCUAGAUCACCCUGUUGCCCACUUGGACGUGCGUGACGAAGAGACGCGCCUCCACUGCCAUGAGACGGCCGAGGGCUAUUGCCAUAAUCUGAAACUGCACAUCAAGAAAGCGGAGGAUGAGGAAAGGGUACGGAGAAGAAUGGCUCGCCAGAGCUACAUUGAGGGUCUCAAGAACUCAUCUCCACCUGACCCAAAGAGUCCCAGAGCGAAUGUCUACCUUCGAAUCGGCGAACAUCAUGAUAUCCCUGGGCUUCUCCCGAUCUGUAACUGGUACACUCAAAAUUCGAACUUGAGUACACGAAUAGCGCACAUAGACGAUGCGAUUCUGCGUCAGCGGAUCGAUGACUGCAGAAAUGCUAGAUUGCCAUUCCUGGUGGCUGCCGAGCGCGGAACUGUCGACGACAACAGCACCGAGAAGAUCCUGGGAUAUGCCAUGGCCACUGAGUCGCUGGGACACGGAGCCGCUGGUCAAUUCACCGCGGAACUGGAGGUCUUCAUCAAGCCUGAUCAGAAACGCCGCGGCAUAGGUAAAUGUCUUCUCGACAAGCUGAUUGAAGCGUGCGAUGCCACGUACAUUCCAAAGCGGGGAUACCUCUGCGACGCGAGCUGUGAAGAUCGCACUGGGCUCUACGCAGGCGGCUCGCGGACCAUUAAGCGUCUUGUGUUUGCCAUUGCUUAUUCGAAGAGCGACGUCCUGCAUGUCAAAUGGUUGCUUGACUGGCUGGAGCGCGAGUAUGAAUUCGAAGAACAAGGCGUGCUUAAAGGCGCCAGAGUCAAAUCUGGAAAGUUCCUUGAUGUCAGUUACUUGGUUCGCAGAGUUGGGUACGACGAUGGAGACACUUUCAAAGCUUGA